CAUCAGCAACACCAACACCAACGCCAACACCAAAACCUGUCGCACUCCCCCAUCAGUGGAUUCCACUUGCUAACUUACUGUUGUUCCACUCCAAAGACACGUCUCGAAGCAAUCCAUCCUCCGAAAUUGUUCAAUAUGGCAACCAUGGCACCUGUUUUCCGCGAUAUUCCGACCUCCAGCCGAGACAACUUAACUGCUGUAGCGGCUCGGAGUGUCCCUGUGACACGAUCUCACCCCGUUCCUCUUCCGACUCCCCCAAACUCUAUAUCUCCCGCCCUCCCUCCUCAUGGCCUCAAGGCCCAGCUGCAGAAGGCGAAACUCGAGCCUAUCGACUCAGACCUUGACCUGCAGGACAGGCAGGAUGGACUCGAGGCGAGCCAUCCGUCUCCCGGGUCGUCGCCACGAGACUCGGCCGGCGCCAUCAACCCGGAUAUGCUGGCCAAGUUCCAUCUGCCAGAGAUUCUUCUGAGCCAUGGUCCCCUUGCUAUUCGGCACAUCAUGGGCUAUCUCACAACCUCUGUUCCUGGCUUCGCCGGAAUACCUCCAGCGAAGGCGAGAAGGGUAGUCGUGAGCGCCCUGGAGGGCCGAGGAGGUGGAGGCGAUGGUGGGCUGGACGGUGACGUCGAGUUCGAAAAGGUGGGCUGGGGACGAUGGGAUGCGAGGCGACGGGGUCAGCCUCCGCGGGACAUCAACGCCUGUCGGACAUCACCGACUAGCGCCCCGUACCCGGGAGGUAUUCCUAUCACGAAGGUCCCCUCCGGCUGGGACGCGGGCCGGUCCAGGCUGACUGCGCCUGGAUCCAGCCCCGGAGACGGCGACUCGGCGGCAUUUUCGCACGACGACGACGGCAUCACCAUGCUGGAGAAUGAGGCCGAUAAGAUGUCCAUGGACGGGUCGGCCUCGGCUUCUUGCUCCGAGGCACCGGACGACGACGUGGUCAUGAACGAUGACCCAGAAGACGUUACCGACGACGAGGACUGGGCUGCGGUGGGUGCUGCAGCUCUCCGCGCGGCUUCCCACACCAACUCUGCUCAGGGCCUCUCCGAUCGAGACUUCUUUUCCCGACAUGUAUAUACGUCCGGCGGCUGUCUGCGGUCCUUCUCGGCUAAUGCUGGGAUGGCGCGGCCACCACAACUUGACAACUUUGGUUUUUCGACAUCCGCCUUGGGAUCUGCCUCUGACGCACAGGAGCGCGAGGCCGUCGAGGCCCUUCUUCGACUUGGAUCUGUAUAAUAUCACCCCUGCAUU